UAAUCGUCCAUCUAUCCAGUUGACGCCGCGCGCCCGCCGCGCUGCAACCCGCAACAAUGGAUUCGCAGGAGGGCAGCCGCUGGCAAUUCCCAACAGACGCCUUCGUCGAGAUCCUGCUACGGCUCCCUCCCAACACCCGCCAUCGUUUCCGCCUCGUCUCCCGACACUGGCGCAACGUGGUCGACGAGAGCUCGUUCAUGUUUCCGCAGUGCCCCAAGACUAUCGUUGUAACCGACGGGUGCUCACCGUUUGUGGUCGACGACCGAACAGGGCGCCGAAGGGACCUGUGGAGCAGCAGCACGCCUGCUCGCUGUACAAGCCUGUGCAUCGUCGGCACCAGCAACGGGCUAGUCUGCCUGUGCGACGACGAGGUUGCUGGAGGCGCCAUCACCGUGGCCAACCCGGUCACCGGCGAGACCCUCGACGUUCCGCCUCUGCCACUGCCGCCGUCGUGCGACGAUGCUGACCAAGAACAGUGCCAUCCUGUGCGCUGGCACCAGGCGUAUAGUUUCGGGUACCUCCCCACAACGAAGCGGUACAAAGUAGUGCGCGUGCCGUGCCGCUUCGACGACCAAGACUGUGAGUUCCCUACGCUGCAGGUGUUCACUCUGGGGGAGGAAUCAUGGCGGGAGGUUGUGAUCCCAGCUAGUUUAUCGGGAUGCAACCUUGGGCUCGGGAUCGUCAACAUCAAUGGCACGAUGUACUGGAUAGCGGCCGACGGGCACCUCGUGUCGUUCGACCUCGAGGAAGAGUGUGCCAUGCUCGUCCGCCCACAACCGUGGAUGUCCAACAAGUGUUUCCUGACGGAGGUGCACGGGAGGCUUGGCGUUGUCGUUCGGGAUUUCAUCUUAAUGGACGAGCACACCGUGGUGUGGGUUAUGGACAACCCGCAGUGGAGCCGUUGGUACAUAUUGCAGGUGACCCCGCCCCGCAAGCGUCCGGGGCAAAGGCGGAGGGGUUACCAACGUCUCACACGCCCGCAUUUUGUUCAGUAUACUGAUCAUGUACUGACAUGGGAGUCGAACUCCGGCCACGUUGGCUUGUACAAACACAAGCCACCGAAGAAUAAUGAGAGCAUUGGUUGGGGUAGAGGUGGUUGGGGUCGUGUUGUGGGGCGGAUCGACGACAGAGACCGAGGGCUGGUUGUCGCGGAUAUCGAAGGCUGCUCGGAUACUCGGGUCUUCGCUUAUGUCGAGACUCGGGAGUCACUGAAUGCUUACACACUUGGUGAUAAGCGAAGACCCGAGUUAUAACCCCGACUACUUCCAAGACGAGGUAUAGCUAAGGACUA